AGGUUAGGCAGUGAGAAGUUAGUGGCGCUGCUGGGACGGGGGAAAGGAGACGCUUCUUCCUCCUGCUGCUCCACUCGUUCCUGGGAUCAGCGGAGGCGUUGGCCGCGAGUGACUGGGCUGCGUCUCCGGUUCCGCGUGCUAACCAUGCUGACCGACGGCGGGGGCGGCGGCACCUCCUUUGAGGAGGACCUGGACUCUGUGGCUCCGCGAUCCGCCCCAGCCGGGGCCUCGGAGCCGCCUCCGCCGGGAGGGGUCGGGCUGGGGAUCCGCACCGUGAGGCUCUUUGGGGAGGCCGGGCCCGCGCCGGGAGUCGGCGGCGGCGGUACGGGUGCAGGCGGAGGGGACGCGGCGCUGGAUUACAAGUUGGCGGCUGCGGUGCUGAGGACCGGGGGUGGAGGUGGUACCUCUGGCAGCGACGAGGACGAGGUGUCCGAGGUUGAAUCAUUUAUUUUGGACCAAGAAGAUUUGGAUAACCCAGUACUUAAAACAACCUCGGAGAUAUUCUUAUCCAGUACUACAGAAGGAGCAGACUUACGCACUGUGGAUCCAGAGACGCAGGCACGACUAGAAGCUUUGCUGGAAGCAGCAGGAAUCGGCAAAUUAUCAACUGCUGAUGGUAAAGCUUUUGCAGAUCCUGAGGUACUCCGAAGACUGACAUCCUCAGUUAGUUGUGCGCUGGAUGAAGCUGCUGCUGCACUGACAAGGAUGAGAGCAGAAAACAGCCACAAUGCAGGACAAGUAGACACUCGAAGUCUGGCAGAAGCCUGUUCGGAUGGGGAUGUGAAUGCUGUACGCAAAUUGCUAGAUGAAGGAAGAAGCGUAAAUGAGCAUACAGAAGAAGGAGAAAGCCUGUUGUGUUUGGCUUGUUCAGCAGGGUAUUAUGAAUUAGCACAAGUAUUACUUGCGAUGCAUGCUAAUGUUGAAGAUCGAGGGAAUAAGGGAGACAUAACUCCCCUGAUGGCAGCUUCCAGUGGAGGUUAUUUAGAUAUUGUGAAAUUAUUACUACUUCAUGAUGCAGAUGUCAAUUCCCAGUCUGCAACAGGAAACACUGCACUGACAUAUGCCUGUGCUGGAGGAUUUGUUGACAUUGUGAAAGUGCUACUUAAUGAAGGUGCAAAUAUAGAAGAUCAUAAUGAAAAUGGACACACUCCCUUAAUGGAAGCAGCCAGUGCAGGUCAUGUGGAAGUUGCAAGAGUUCUUCUAGAUCAUGGCGCAGGCAUCAACACUCACUCUAAUGAAUUCAAAGAAAGUGCUCUUACACUUGCAUGCUACAAAGGCCAUUUGGAUAUGGUUCGCUUUCUUCUUGAAGCUGGUGCAGAUCAAGAGCACAAAACAGAUGAGAUGCACACUGCCUUAAUGGAGGCUUGCAUGGAUGGACAUGUAGAAGUGGCACGUUUACUUUUGGAUAGUGGUGCUCAAGUAAACAUGCCUGCAGAUUCAUUUGAGUCUCCAUUGACGUUAGCUGCCUGUGGAGGACAUGUUGAAUUGGCAGCUCUACUCAUUGAAAGGGGAGCAAAUCUUGAAGAAGUUAAUGAUGAAGGUUAUACUCCCUUGAUGGAAGCUGCUCGAGAAGGACAUGAAGAGAUGGUGGCACUGCUCUUAGCACAAGGAGCAAAUAUUAAUGCCCAGACAGAAGAAACCCAAGAAACUGCUCUUACCUUGGCUUGCUGUGGAGGAUUUUCUGAAGUUGCAGACUUUCUGAUUAAGGCAGGGGCUGACAUAGAACUUGGCUGCUCCACACCUCUGAUGGAAGCGUCUCAGGAGGGACACCUGGAGUUAGUUAAAUAUUUGCUGACUGCUGGGGCUAAUGUGCAUGCUACAACAGCAACAGGAGACACGGCCUUAACCUAUGCUUGUGAAAAUGGACACACAGAUGUUGCAGAUGUUUUACUUCAAGCAGGGGCUGAUUUAGAGCAUGAAUCUGAAGGUGGAAGAACCCCUUUGAUGAAAGCUGCAAGAGCUGGUCAUUUGUGUACUGUGCAGUUUCUUAUUAGUAAAGGUGCCAAUGUGAAUAGGGCUACAGCCAAUAAUGACCAUACAGUAGUGUCGUUGGCAUGUGCAGGAGGCCACCUGGCAGUAGUUGAACUACUCUUGGCUCAUGGUGCUGAUCCUACUCAUCGACUCAAGGAUGGCUCCACAAUGCUCAUUGAAGCAGCAAAGGGUGGUCAUACUAAUGUUGUUUCUUAUCUAUUGGAUUAUCCAAAUAAUGUUCUGUCAGUUCCUACUACAGAUGUAUCUCAGCUUACCCCACCUUCUCAAGAUCAAUCUCAGGUUCCACGUGUACCAGUGCAUACACUUGCCAUGGUUGUACCUCCACAGGAACCUGACAGAACUUUGCAGGAGAACUCUCCUGCCCUUAUAGGACUACAGAAAGGUCCAUCCAAGCAGAAGUCCAGUUCCCUGCAGGUAGCAGAUCAGGACCUACUGCCACCUUUUCACCCAUACCAGCCUUUGGAGUGCAUAGUAGAGGAGACUGAAGGCAAGCUGAAUGAACUGGGACAAAGAAUUAGUGCUAUUGAAAAAGCACAGCUUAAGUCAUUGGAGUUAAUUCAAGGUGAACCUCUGAACAAAGAUAAGAUAGAAGAACUUAAAAAGAACAGAGAAGAACAAGUCCAGAAGAAGAAGAAAAUACUGAAAGAACUGCAGAAAGUGGAAAGGCAGUUGCAAAUGAAAACACAGCAGCAAUUUACCAAAGAAUACUUGGAAACCAAAGGUCAGAAAGACACAGUGUCGCUACACCAGCAAUGCUCUCAUAGAGGAGUCUUCCCGGAAGGGGAAGGAGAUGGUAGUCUCCCAGAGGAUCACUUUUCAGAGUUACCUCAGGUUGACACAAUCUUAUUUAAAGAUAAUGAUGUUGACGAUGAGCAACAGCCUCCACCAUCGGCAGAACAAAUUGAUUUUGUCCCGGUCCAGCCUUUAUCAUCUCCACAGUGUAACUUUUCCAGUGAUUUAGGUUCUAACGGGACAAAUUCUCUUGAACUUCAGAAAUUAUCAGGUAAUCAGCAGAUUGUAGGACAGCCUCAGAUUGCUAUUACUGGACAUGAUCAGGGGCUGUUAGUUCAAGAACCAGAUGGACUAAUGGUGGCAACUCCAGCCCAGACGCUUACCGACACUCUUGAUGACCUGAUAGCAGCUGUGAGUAGCAGAGUACCCACUGGUUCAAACAGUUCUCAGACCGCAGAUCGUUUUGCACCUGAAUCCUGUUCACAGACUUCAAGCAAUGUGGCUUCCCAGUCUGUCCCCUCUGUGUAUCCAUCAGUUGACAUUGAUGCACAUACUGAAAGCAAUCAUGACACAGCAUUAACAUUAGCUUGUGCAGGUGGUCAUGAAGAACUUGUGUCUGUACUCAUUGCAAGAGAUGCUAAAAUUGAGCACAGAGAUAAAAAAGGUUUCACACCACUAAUCCUGGCUGCAACAGCAGGGCAUGUUGGGGUUGUUGAAAUUCUUCUGGAUAAAGGUGGAGAUAUAGAAGCACAGUCUGAACGAACUAAGGAUACUCCGCUUUCAUUGGCGUGUUCUGGUGGACGUCAGGAGGUAGUAGACUUGCUACUGGCUCGAGGUGCAAAUAAGGAACAUAGGAAUGUGUCUGAUUAUACACCACUGAGUCUAGCUGCGUCUGGAGGAUAUGUUAAUAUCAUUAAGAUUCUGCUUAAUGCGGGGGCAGAAAUUAAUUCAAGGACUGGGAGUAAACUAGGUAUUUCUCCCCUGAUGUUGGCUGCAAUGAAUGGACAUGUUCCUGCAGUGAAACUGCUACUUGAUAUGGGUUCAGACAUUAAUGCUCAGAUAGAGACAAAUCGGAACACAGCCCUCACCCUGGCCUGUUUCCAGGGCCGAGCAGAAGUAGUGAGUUUGCUUCUGGACCGAAAAGCCAAUGUGGAACACAGGGCAAAGACCGGUCUUACCCCAUUAAUGGAAGCUGCUUCUGGAGGAUAUGCAGAAGUUGGUAGAGUUCUCCUUGAUAAAGGAGCAGAUGUCAAUGCUCCCCCUGUGCCUUCCUCAAGAGAUACUGCUUUAACAAUAGCAGCAGACAAAGGUCACUACAAAUUUUGUGAGCUCCUGAUUAAUAGGGGAGCUCAUAUUGAUGUUCGUAACAAGAAGGGAAAUACACCACUUUGGCUGGCAUCCAAUGGCGGUCAUUUUGAUGUAGUUCAAUUACUAGUUCAAGCAGGUGCUGAUGUGGAUGCAGCAGAUAACCGGAAAAUCACACCACUUAUGUCAGCAUUCCGCAAGGGUCAUGUAAAAGUUGUUCAGUAUUUGGUGAAAGAAGUCAAUCAGUUCCCUUCUGAUAUAGAAUGUAUGAGAUAUAUAGCAACAAUUGCUGAUAAGGAACUGUUGAAAAAAUGUCACCAAUGUGUUGAGACAAUUGUGAAGGCUAAAGACCAACAGGCUGCAGAAGCAAAUAAGAAUGCAAGUAUUCUUUUAAAGGAACUUGAUCUAGAAAAGUCAAGAGAAGAAAGUAGGAAGCAGGCUCUUGCGGCUAAAAGGGAGAAAAGAAAAGAAAAGAGAAAAAAGAAAAAAGAAGAGCAGAAAAGAAAACAGGAGGAGGAUGAGGAAAACAAACCAAAGGAAAAUUCAGAACUACCAGAAGAUGAAGAUGAAGAGGAAAAUGAUGAAGAUGUGGAGCAAGAAGUUCCCAUAGAGCCUCCUAGUGCAACUACCACUACCACAAUUGGAAUCUCUGCAACAUCUGCAACAUUCACAAACGUGUUUGGGAAAAAAAGGGCCAACGUGGUGACAACCCCCAGCACCAAUCGGAAAAAUAAGAAGAAUAAAACAAAAGAGACCCCUCCCACAUCACAUUUAAUACUACCAGAACAACAUAUAUCUUUAGCACAACAAAAGGCAGAUAAAAAUAAAAUAAAUGGAGAACCUAGAGGUGGUGGUACAGGUGGGAAUAGUGAUUCAGAUAAUUUGGACAGCACAGACUGCAACAGUGAGAGUAGUAGUGGUGGUAAAAGCCAAGAGUUAAAUUUCACUAUGGAUGUGAAUUCUUCUAAUGAUAGGAGAUACCCCCCACUGCUCCUCCAUUCCCAAGAAGAAAAGACAAGUUCCACAACUUCCAAAACUCAAACACGACUUGAAGGUGAAGUGAAUUCUAAUUCCUUAUCAACAAGCUACAAGUCAGUGUCAUUACCAUUAAGCUCUCCAAACAUAAAGCUGAAUCUCACUAGCCCUAAAAGGGGUCAAAAAAGAGAAGAAGGGUGGAAAGAAGUUGUGAGAAGGUCAAAGAAAUUGUCUGUUCCAGCCUCAGUCGUAUCCAGGAUAAUGGGAAGAGGAGGAUGCAACAUCACUGCAAUACAAGAUGUUACUGGGGCACAUAUUGAUGUGGAUAAACAAAAAGAUAAGAAUGGCGAAAGAAUGAUCACAAUAAGGGGUGGUACAGAAUCAACUAGAUAUGCAGUUCAACUUAUCAAUGCACUUAUUCAAGAUCCUGCUAAGGAACUGGAAGACUUGAUUCCAAAAAAUCAUAUCAGAACACCUGCCAAUAACAAAUCCAUUCAUGCAAACUUCUCAUCUGGAGUAGGCACCACAACAGCUUCCAGUAAAAAUACAUUUCCCUUGGGUGCUCCAACUCUUGUAACUUCACAAGGGACAACAUUGUCUACGUUCCAGCCUACUAAUAAACUUAGUAAGAAUGUUGCAACAAAUGUACGUUCUUCUUUCCCAGUUUCUCUACCCUUAGCUUAUCCCCACCCUCAUUUUGCCUUGCUGGCUGCUCAAACUAUGCAACAGAUCCGACAUCCGCGGUUACCCAUGGCCCAGUUUGGAGGAACCUUCUCACCUUCUGCUAACACUUGGGGACCAUUCCCAGUGAGACCUGUGAAUCCUAGCAACACAAAUAGCUCUCCAAAGCAUAAUAAUACAAGCAACCGUCUACCUAACCAGAAUGGGACUGUUUUACCAUCAGAGUCUCCUGGACUGACUACUGCUAGUUGUCCCAUCACUGUCUCUUCUGUAGUUGCCGCCAGUCAGCAACUGUGUGUGACUAAUACCCGGACUCCUUCAUCAGUCAGGAAGCAGUUGUUUGCCUGUGUGCCUAAGACAAGUCCUCCAACAACAGUGAUUUCUUCUGUGACAAGCACUUGUAGUUCCCUGCCUUCUGUCUCCUCUGCGUCUAUCACUAGUGGGCAAGUUCCCACCACGUUUCUGCCUACAAGUACUCCUCAAGCACAGCUUUCUUCACAAAAGAUGGAGUCUUUCUCUACUGUGCCAUCCCCCAAAGAGAAGGUGUCCGCACAGGACCAACCCAUGGCAAAUCUGUGCACCCCAUCUCCAACUACAAAUAGUUGCAGUAGCUCCGCCAGCAACACUCCAGGAGCUCCAGAAACUCACCCAUCCAGUAGUCCCACUCCUACCUCCAGCAACACACAGGAGGAGGCACAACCAUCCAGUGCAUCUGAUUUAAGUCCAAUGUCAAUACCAUUUGCAUCGAACUCAGAACCUGCUCCACUGACUUUGACGUCACCCAGAUUGGUUUCUGCUGAUAAUCAGGACACAAGUAAUUUACCUCAGUUAACUAUACCAGCACCUCGUGUUUCUCAUCGAAUGCAGCCAAGAGGUUCUUUUUACUCAGUGGUACCAAAUGCAGCUAUUCACCAGGAUCCCCAGUCUAUUUUUGUUACAAAUCCAGUACCUUUAACACCACCUCAAGGCCCACCAGCUACUGUGCAGCUUUCUUCAGCCGUGAAUAUAAUGAAUGGUUCUCAGAUGCACAUCAACCCAGCAAAUAAGUCUUUACCCCCUGCAUUUGGCCCAGCCACACUUUUUAAUCACUUCAGUAGUCUUUUUGAUAGCAGUCAGGUGCCUGCUAACCAGGGUUGGGGAGAUGGCCCAUUGUCCUCACGAGUUGCUGCAGAUGCUUCUUUCACUGUUCAGUCAGCAUUCCUGGGUAACUCUGUUCUUGGACACUUGGAAAAUGUGCACCCUGACAACUCCAAGGCACCUGGUUUCAGACCACCUUCCCAACGAGUUUCUACUAGUCCUGCUGGGUUACCAUCCAUUGACCCAUCAGGCAGUUCUCCAUCUUCCUCUUCUGCUCCUCUGACAAGUUUUUCCAGCAUACCAGGAACAAGAGUUUUCUUACAAGGGCCAGCUCCUGUUGGGACUCCUAGUUUCAACAGACAACAUUUUUCUCCCCAUCCUUGGACAAGCGCCUCAAACUCAUGUGACACUCCUAUUCCAUCUGUUUCUUCGGGAUCAUCUUCACCUCUUUCAGCCACUUCUGCUGCACCAACAUUGGGCCAAGCCAAAGGAGGCAGUGCCAGUCAGGAUCGGAAGAUACCUCCCCCCAUUGGAACAGAGAGACUGGCACGGAUUCGGCAAGGAGGGUCUGUUGCACAAGCCCCUAUGGGGACCAGUUUUGUAGCUCCGGUUGGACACAGUGGAAUCUGGUCAUUCGGUGUUAAUGCUGUGUCAGAAGGCUUAUCAGGUUGGUCUCAGUCUGUGAUAGGGAACCAUCCAAUGCAUCAACAAUUAUCAGACCCAAGCACAUUCUCCCAGCAUCAACCAAUGGAGAGAGAUGAUUCUGGAAUGGUAGCCCCCUCUAACAUUUUUCAUCAGCCCAUGGCAAGCGGUUUUGUGGAUUUUUCCAAAGGUUUGCCAAUUUCCAUGUACGGAGGCGCUCUAAUACCCUCUCAUCCUCAGCUUGCUGAUGUUCCAGGAGGCCCACUGUUUAAUGGACUUCACAACCCAGAUCCUGCUUGGAACCCUAUGAUAAAAGUUAUCCAAAAUUCAGCUGAAUGCACUGAGGCCCAGCAGAUUUGGCCUGGCACAUGGGCACCUCAUAUUGGAAACAUGCAUCUCAAAUAUGUCAACUAAGUUAGAAGGUCUUUACUCUUUAGCCCUGUUUGAGAAACCUAUGACCUUGGAAGAACACUGGGGAUUUUUUUUCUUUAAUGUGCCUAAUUAAGAUAUUUUUUCUGAGGCUUUAGCAGUGGAAAUAUGAUUGCCCAUUGUAUAAAAACAAGUUGAUUUCCUAUCCACCUGAUUAUGUUCUUUGGUUAGAUUAGCCAUUUUCAACUUAAGAUCACAUGAACGUAGUGCUUUUGGCUAAACAUACUGGAUGCUACUUGUAUGCAGAAGAGAAUUAGUUGAUUACAUGUUUCAACAUUUUAGGGUGGUAAAUACAUGUAUAAUUGUUUACAUGCUUUAAAGGAAAAAAUUGAGUAAAUUUCUUGUCAUAUAGUAGCUCUACUUAAUAUAGCCUGUAUUAAUGUGAAAUAUUUACCAGAAUAUUCAAUAAAAAGAUGAACAGUG